CUUCUUGUGGCCUCUGCCUAACCCACACCAACCUCUGCCACCGGCACUGUGCAAAGGGGCCCUGAGCUGAUGCUGGCUGCAGAAAGAUGAGCCAGACAAGAAUGCCCCCGGAGCAGAAGAGCUCCAUUUGAGGCAUGACAAGAAUGGCUGUGUGAUUAUUAGGAUGGGGGAAGGAAGGUGCGAGUGAGCCCGUUUCUGCAGAGGCUAGCAGGAACCUCUUCCUGCCCCAUUUUGGGAAAGCCUGGAGACCACACUGGCAGCUGUAGGAACUGGAAGGCCAGGAGAGCAGAGGGAAAGGAGGCGGAGAGAUGGAGGGGGCUCUGGGAAGGGGCUGCAACAGGAGGGUAAAGGGAACAAUGGGUCUGCAACUGCCUGGAAGAUGAAUGGAAAAGAUUUCCCCCGUCACUGGUGUGUGUGGGUCGUCGCCAUCCCCCCCGCCUUUCACCCAAAGGGAUGGUAGAAGCACAGCGCAGCAUCUGCACUUUGCACCGGUGAUCUGACCGCGGAGUGCACCGGGACCAGGGAGAACAUGCACCCGGGGGCCUGACUGCACUGCAAAGUGGGGGCGUGCAACCGGGACCUGACUGCACCGUGCACCGGCCAGCGGGCCGCGCAGCUGGGGGCCGGACUGCUCCCUGCACCGGCCGGCGGGGCGUGCAACCGGGACCUGACUGCACCGUGCACCGGCCAGCGGGCCGCGCAGCUGGGGGCCGGACUGCUCCCUGCACCGGCCAGCGGGCCGCGCAACCAGAGGCCGGACUGCACCAGCCCAACGUGAGCCCGGGAUCCGACGGCCACUUGCCCUAGGACCGGGGGAGCCCGCCACCGGCACCAGCACUGGGCCCUUCGAGGCACCUGGGGACGGCCCGCUCGGACUGCAGUCGAGCGGUGCCCCGCGGAGCAGGCGGCCGCCGUUGCCGGGCCGCGGGGUAGGAGCGCAGGCUGGAGGCGGAGCCGGCCGCUGGAGCGCAUGGAGCCCGGGGCGCCGCUCGCUCCAUGUGGCUGUUCCUGCCGCUGCUGCUGUGCUGGGGCCGCGCCGGCGCCGGCGGCGGCGUCCCGGGGGAGCCCUGCUGGGAAGCGCUGCUCCGCUGCCAGGACGAGCCGGACUGCGGCUCCGCCUACAGCCAGUCGCAGGCGGCCUGCGAGCCGGUGCUAAGCGGGGCCGGGGCCGGACGAGGGGAGCCCCCCGGCGGCUGCCCCAGCCACUGCAUCGCGGCGCUGGGGCGGCUGAACCGCAGCCGGAGCGGCCCGGCCCUGGAGCGCUGCGAGUGCGGGCAGGACGCGCGCUGCCGGCUGACGAAGGCGGCCAUCGAGCCCUGCCUGCCCCGGCCCUCCCGCAGCGGCCUGGGCUGCACGGCCGCCCGCUUCCGCUGCCAGCAGGAGCCCGCCUGCCGAGAGCCGCUGGCCGCCUACUUGGCCCGCUGCGGGCAGCUCUUCAACGGGCGGCGCUGCACGGCCGCCUGCCGGGCCGCCAUGGGGCAGCUGCUGGCCGCGCCGGGGGGGCCCGCGCUGGAGCGCUGCGUUUGCGACGGGCCCGAGCGCCCCUUCUGCCAGGUGCUCAAGGCCAACAUGGGCCGCCUGUGCUCCGGGCCGCCCGCCGAGCCGGGCCCGGACGAGGACUACCGGGACGAGGAGCGGCCCCUGCGGGAGGAGGACGAGGGGCCGGGCGCGGGCGGCGCCUGGGUGCGCUCCGGGGGCCGCUCUCGGGACGCGCCGGCCUGGCGCGCCCUGGCACUGGGAGCCCUGCCGCUGGGGCUCCGGCUCCUCUCCUGGCCCUAGGCCGGGCUGCCCGGAGCCUGGCCCGGGGCUGAGGCAGGGGGGUCGGAGCGAUCUGAUGCGCCGCCCCACGCGGAGGGGCUCCCUAGCGUUGGAGGCGGCCGCCGGGAGCUGGAGCAAGGGUCCCGGCUGACACUCAGGGACGCGAGCCACGGGAGAAGGGCCCCGCUUAGAGGCGCCUUUCCCGGGCCACGACUCCGGCUGCUUGUCCAGCAUUUCUCCACGGGCUGAGGUUCCCACGGGGUAGAGGUGGCUGGAGAGGCCGAGAUGCCACCUUUUCCUUGGACCCCGGCAACAUCAUUUUUUCUUUCGCUGAAGGAGACAUGCAGCAGGUGACUAAAGCCUACCAGGGUGCUCCAUCGCUUUUAAUGCGUGCAAAGCCGCAGAUCCUCAACUGCAACCAGACUUUGGCUAACCGUUGUGAAUAUGUAUAUUGCUUGGAACUUCCUUUCCUGAACACACAUUUUGUACAGAAAGUAGGGGGCCAACCUGAGGUUAUUUAAGUUGUAAAAUAAGCAUAACCCUGUCACUGUAAAAUCUUUUUCGAAUUCAGUGUUAGAACAUGUAUUUUUUGUACGAUUUUGAUAAAGUUUUUGACAAUGUUAAAA